CGCGGUCUGAGCGCUCGGGUAGGAGGCGAAGGGCGGCCUGGAAGGUCCGGAACGAAGCGGGUGCUGCUAGCCGAGCUGCGGUGCACCCGGAGCGGACAGCGUGGCCCGGAGAGCGCGGUGCUUCCCGUGCGGCCUAGGCCGGCCUUGCGGUCAUGGGGAAGAAAGGGAAGAGGGAGAAGAAGGGGAAAGGAGCUGAGAAGACGGCUGCGAAGAUGGAGAAAAAAGUGUCCCGCAGAGCCAAGAAGGAGGAGGAGGAUCUUGAAGCCCUGAUAGCAGAAUUUCAGAAUUUAGAUGCAAAAAAGACCCAAGUCAUUGAGACAUCCUGCCCACCCCCCUCACCUCGGCUGAAUGGCUCCCUCUCUGCUCACCCUGAGAAAGACGAAUUGAUCCUUUUUGGAGGUGAAUAUUUCAAUGGCCAAAAAACAUACCUGUACAACGAGCUGUAUGUUUACAACAUCAGGAAGAACACCUGGUCCAAACUGGAGAUUCCCAACCCACCACCAAGGAGGUGUGCUCACCAGGCAGCAGUGGUGCCCACAGCUGGUGGGCAGCUGUGGGUGUUUGGUGGGGAGUUUGCAUCUCCCAAUGGGGAACAGUUCUAUCAUUACAAGGAUCUCUGGGUCCUGCAUUUGGCUACCAAGACCUGGGAGCAGAUCAAGGCCUCAGGAGGGCCCUCUGGACGAAGUGGACAUCGAAUGGUGGCUUGCAAAAGGCAGCUGAUUGUCUUUGGAGGUUUCCAUGAGAGUGCAAGAGAUUACAUCUAUUACAAUGAUGUGUAUGCUUUCAACCUGGACUCCUUCACCUGGAGCAAGCUGGCUCCAUCAGGAAUUGGGCCUGCUCCAAGAUCUGGCUGUCAAAUGACUACCAGUCCUGAGGGCAGCAUAAUCAUCUAUGGAGGCUACUCCAAACAGAGAAUUAAGAAAGAUGUUGACAAAGGCACCCUGCAUACAGAUAUGUUCCUGCUGAAGGCUGAAAGUGCAGGCAAGGAGGAAGAGAAGUGGACGUGGAGUCGGCUCAGCCCUUCUGGAGUGAAACCUCCCCCCAGGUCUGGCUUCUCCGUGGUGAUGGCUCCCAAUAACCGCUGCCUGCUCUUUGGGGGAGUGCAUGAUGAAGAGGAGGAGGAGAGCAUAGAAGGAGACUUCUUCAAUGAUAUUUAUUUCUAUGACAUUGGGAAAAACCGCUGGUUUCCCGGGCAGCUGAAGGGACCAAAAUCAGAGAAGAGGAAGCGAAGACGUGGCAGGCAAACUGAGGCAGAGGCUGCUGGAGAGGAGGAGAUGGAGAAGGAAACUCCAGAAGGCCCUGUGGAGAUAGUCAAAGAGGUGGUGGCAGAAGAUGGGACUGUAAUGACAAUCAAGCAGGUGAUCUCUGGUCCUGCAGGAGAGCAGGAGAAGCCUGAAUCAGAAGAGGAGGAGGAAGAUGGAGCCUUGGGCCAGCACGUGGAGCCAUGCCCACGUUCCAAUGCCAUGCUGGCAGUGAAGCAUGGGGUGCUCUAUGUCUUUGGGGGGAUGUUUGAGGUGGGGGAUCGCCAGUUCACCCUCAGUGACCUCCACAGCAUCGACCUGCACAAGCUGGAAGAAUGGAAAGUGCUAGUGGAGAUGGAUCCAAAAACACAAGAAUGGCUGGAGGAGUCAGAAUCAGAUGAAGAUGAUGAUGAUCUGGAAGGUGCAGAGGGAGGGGAAGAUGGUGAGGAGAGCUCUGAAGAGGAGAGUGAAGAUGAGGAAGGAGCUGAGCAGCACCCCUCAGUUCAGCCUGGGGAGGAGCACCCAGACUUCCUGGCCAGGACAGAGCAGUAUUGGAUCCAACUUGCCCGGAGCAACAUGGGCCCAGAUGCCAAGGAGAAGAAGGUGGUAAAAGUGGCACAUGCCAUGGCAAAGACUUUCUAUGAAGAUUCAGUCUAGAGGUGGCUGAGGCUGUUCCAGGAGUCAGGAGACAUUCUGGGAGCAGUGGUUUGCCCCAUUGGCCUCAGCCUGAUGUGCCAGGCAGUCAGGGUGUCCAGAAGGUGUCCUGGAAUUCCAGCUUUUGCCUACUCUGAGUGCCCCUGGGCUGCCCAGUCUCAAUGUGCCUGCUUGAUUAAUGCUCUGGAUAUGCUGUUACUCCCCUGGAGCUGUGGGGAGGGUCUGAAGGAACAGGAUUGAUGUCCAAGCACCUGUUCUGCUGAGUCUGGCAGCUAUAGUACUGUCUGAUUUUUGUUCAAAGGUUGUUUUGAGUCUGUUGAGACAAACUGCACAUCCCAGUGGUUCACUGGUCCCAAAUUCCCUACCCUGACUGGGGCCAGAACACAUCUCCAAUGGUUUCCACAAUAAAAUUCCUUGGUUUUAU